CACAUCGCAACAGGUACUCAUUUGUCCGAUUAUUGAACUUUUUUCGCACCGCACGUAGCCAACCGUGCUCAUUGGAGCUCGAGUCGACCUCAGGCGCGGUUCAGAUCCUGGCCACUAGGUGGCGGUAACAUCACCGCGGCGCUUGUGCCAGGCUAUGUGCACGUUGAGGCCAACGCGGACCACAACACCGCCACCACCACAUACCGGCGUGGCGCGCCUCAACACGCCUCAGAUGACGUCACGCGUCCCCCCACUGCCCCGCCCCCCACUGCCCCGCCCCCCACGCGCCCUGCACACGGGGGCCGCCGGCUCAGCGGAGCAGACUCGGAGCGACUCGCGUCGACAACAACAACAAGACGACGACGGGGUGGUGGUAAGGUGGUGGGGUGGUGGCAAGGCUGAGGACGCGACAAGCAAGAGGAGGAAGGGAGGCUGCGGACAUGGCUAAGCAGCCGGGGGCAGCAGAAGCCGCCGCCGCCUCGGCUGGUGGAGCGGCGGCCGGGGAGGGAGGCUCGUCCCUGUUCAGCGACCCGCAGCACUCGCGCAAGCUGCUCAAGAACCUUCGCUCGUUCCGCGAGGACCCCAUCUUCUGCGACUCGGCCCUCGUGGUGGACGGUGCCGAGAUCCCCGUGCAGAGGAACCUCCUGGCGGCGGUCAGCCCCUACAUACGCACCAAGUUCAACUAUUCGCCGCCCAAGAACAACGGCACGGUGUUCAAGAUCACCCUGGAGGGAGUCGGCCUGAGCGUCAUCCACGAGAUCCUGGAGUACAUCUACACGGGGGAGGUGCGCCUGAGCGAGGAGACGAUCCAGGACAUGGUGCAGGGUGCCGACCUGCUGCUGCUCACUGACCUCAAGGCGCUCUGCUGCGAUUUCCUGGAAGGCUGCAUCGUCGCCGAAAACUGCAUCGGCAUCCGGGACUUUGCGCUGCACUACUCCCUGCUGCACGUGCACCACGUGGCCACCGAGUUCCUGGAGACGCACUUCCGCGACGUGUGCGGCACCGACGAGUUCCUGGAGCUGUCGGCCUCCAAGCUGCGCGAGAUCAUGUCCCUGGAGAAGCUCAACGUGGGCAACGAGCGCUACGUGUUCGAGGCUGUGCUGCAGUGGCUCAAGCGGGACCUGGAGGAGCGCAAGGUGCACAUGAAGGAGGUGAUGGCGGCCGUGUGGCUCGACACGCUGGACCCGCACUUCCUGCAGGAGCAGAUGCUGCGGGAGCCGCUGGUGCGCGUGAUCAUCCAGGAGUGCGCCAUCCCGCUCACGGAGACGCGCAGCGGAGAGGCGCUGCUCUCCAGCUUCCGCCCGCGAGGCUACUCCGAGUGCAUCGUCACCGUGGGUGGGGAGGAGCGCAGCUCCCGCAAGCCGACGGCGGCGGUCCGCUGCAUGUGCCCGCUCUACGACCCGAACCGGCAGCUGUGGAUCGACCUGGCACCCAUGGGCACCGCUCGCGUCAACCACGGCGUCGUCUCCGCAGAGGGAUCUAUCUUUGCGAUCGGCGGGUCGGAUGGAGAUAGCUCCGUGCUGAGCUCCGGGGAGAAGUACAACCCCGACAACAACAGCUGGACGGCCAUCGCUCCCAUGCGAGAGGCACGCAUGAACUUUGGCAUUGUGCACAUCGACGGGAUCCUGUACGUGAUCGGCGGUGAGGACGAGACUUCGGAGCUGCUGUCGGGAGAGACGUACGACAUCUACACCGACACGUGGUCGCUGCUGCCCGACAUCACCAUCCUGCGCAAGAUCGGUUGCUAUGCUGUGAUGAGGAAGAAGAUUUACGCCAUGGGAGGCGGCAGCUAUGGGAAGCUGUUUGAGUCGGCCGAGUGCUACGACCCCAAGACGCAGCAGUGGACGGCGAUCUGUCCCCUCAAGGAACGGCGGUUCGGCGCGGUGGCGUGUGGCGUGGGCCAGGAGCUCUACGUGUUCGGGGGCGUGCGGCGUAAGGAGGGAGAGAACGUGCCCGAGGGACAGAUGGUGACGUGCAAGUCGGAGAUGUACCACGAUCAGGUCAAGCGGUGGACCUACCUGACGGACCAGAUGCUGAGUGUGCAGUCGGCCGCCUCCUUCGUGUACGGCGCCGUCCCCAUUGGCGCCAGCAUCUACCUGGUCGGGGACCUCGACACGGGGACUCAGUACGACUUUGUGCGCGAGUACCGCCGCAACACGGGCACGUGGCACCACACCAAGCCGCUGCUGCCCUCCGACCUGCGCCGCACCGGCUGCGCCGCCCUGCGCAUCGCCAACUGCCGCCUCUUCAAGCUGCAGAUGGAGCAGGGCCUCUUCCGCAUCCGCGUGCCGCGCUGACAGCGGCGCGGGGUGGCGGUGGCGGCGGCGUGGAGAGAAAGAGAGGGAGAGAGAGGCGGCGGCACCGGAGGGGACCACCGGGGCCUGUCCCCGCCACUAGCAAGAUCGCAUCGCUGCGGGAAUGCGGGAGGAUGAAUUGCGGCGAGCGCCCGAGGAGACGGGUGGUGUGGCUGGGCGGCGUGGCCCUCCAGCCAAUGAAUGUCCGGCUGCGCCGUGUGCAGCAAUUUUGCCCGGCGCGGAGCGGAUGAGCGACGCUCGCGUAGCUCCGCCAACGCCAGCGCGGUGCUGCCGGUGCCAAUUCAAUAACGGAGAGAUGGGGCCGGGCUUGGCACUAUUCUAGAGUCACCUCCCUCGAUCUUCCCUCCCCACUCCGCCCGCCGCCCGGUGACGUCGCCCUCAGAGGGCUCGACGUUCACCCUCGGGCUGGGGGUCGCUCGCCAGGCCAGGGGCGGAGGUCGGCUUACGCAUGACACACCGCUCCGCACUGUCGGAGUUAAGAUGGCACGCUCGCCGGGUGAGCAUUUGGCAACACCUGUUGUCUUGGGUCGGUGGCGAGCCGGACUGGGUCGCUAAGACGAAGGCAAAAGCGCCGGCUCCCUGUACGGGGCUGCGUUUCCGAGGAGACGGCAAGAGUGAAACCGGCCGGUGGUACGGUGGGGGCGAGGUUUGGAGGGGGGGGGUGGGACGGUUCCCCCCGCCGCGUCGUUGGUCCGUCGUUCAAUGCCAGCGCCCGUUGGUGACCGGAUCGGGCCGGCUUGCCGUCCGAAUGCGCUUCGUAGAUCUCCAUGGGGCAAGCUCCCAUUUGUUUGGUUUGAGGUCCCCUUGGCUUUACCGCUCCUGCGUAUGUUUCCGGGGUUGCGCCGUUUAGCCCUCCGAGCGCUUUGUCAGGAUCUCCCGGCACGCGGAGUGAAACGUCAGACAUGGAACAACGCGUGGCAUAGCAUCAACACGUGGCAGAGCGAUCAUUGUCGUGCGGUCCUCCGCUUGUGUUGAACGGUUUUUGCCGAUGUCUCGUGCGAGGAAGGCGUCUUGAUUUGGAGCACGGAGCAGCGCACCGCCCCUUACCACAGGAACGGCCCCCGCAAAACGGUGUCGCAGCUACUCGGGGUGCGCAUACUAUACACGCCCGGCAAAGAUUGGUGCAUGCCGUUAAAAGCUAAACGAUUAAUUCUGAGAGCUUGAUUCAGCGGAUUUACACCGCGAGCCAAUUGCGCCAGGGAUGUUUGGGUUACUGGUGAUUGAGCUGGGACCAUCCCCUCGCCACGCUGGAGGACCCAGUUUUGAAACAUAGGUGGGGGCAACGUGCAUUUGUUCGGUGUCUCCAACCCCGAAGCAGCUCCUGGAGGAGUCUCUGGUUCGUAAAAACAAGCUGAGAGUAAUUUCCCCCACGUCAAAAAGUAACUUCCCCCUCCACGUAGCACGUGCUCUCUGUCACAUAUAGCCAUAGUCGCUAUUAUCACUGUCGCCGUCAUCAUUAGUACAAGCCCUUAACUUUCUCCCCAUGUAGAGCACGCUGUCAUAUGAUCGUUAUGAUAGUCAUCAGGACCCAGUAAAGUUCUGUUCCUGUAGAGAGUGCUCCGUCUCACAUCGUCGCCGUCAUUGUCAUCGCUUGUCUGUACCUCUCCCUUGGCCCUGGUUUGCGGUGCCCAUACUCGGAGGUUCACCCUCGGCCGUUAGAGAUAAACACCGCGAAUCGUCACGAGGGCCGCAGCCACACAGCAGCAUCGAUUCCCAGACCCCUCUCGUGAAACCACAGCACCCCCUUUACCCCCCACUAAACCCACCCCCCUCACCGUAUCCCACCCCCAGCACCCUGGUGUAAUGUGGGUCCUCGAUAUUUCGGGCUACUGCAUUUAAAUUUUGUUUUUUAUAUAUAUAAAACUAUGGUAAAACAGAAAAUCAAAACCCCUAUUCCAGAACGAUGCUCGGCGGUGCCCGGGUCCCGGAGGCGUUCCUUUGGCACGAGUCUGGCGUUGCGUCGGCAUCAAUACGUGGCGGGACAGUGAGAAGCACAAGGGAGGAGGUGGGGGGGUAGUAACGCACAAGCGCCAGCCAGAGGAAAGCGCCACGGGCACGAGCGCCCACUUCUGGGUUGGCCGCCGGCCCGGUCGACAAGGAAUUCCUCACUUUGUGUAAUCAUGUGAUCGCCUUAGAGCAGGGGUGGAGAACCUAUGCGCCCCGGCGGCUUCAUUCCACACAGCACACAGCUUCAUUUGCCAUGGCUCGUGGACUUCAUUUGAUAUGACCUGACAAUUUACUUGACGCGGCACAUGAACGAUGUUUAUCCACUGCUGAAAAACUCUAAAUCGGGUCCUGGGGGGUGGAACGUUUUCGACCACCUGGAAAUGCUGUGCUAAUUUUAGGACCCUCGGUCACCUCUGUCGUACCCUGCUCCAGACAGAGGUGCAUCGGCAUGCGUGCGUGCCUGCGGUUGCUGUCCCCAGGGAAUUUGAAAGUCCUAUUCAGCCUUCAGUCAGUAAAAAGUUCCCCCUCCCUGCUGUAUCUUGAAUGAAGCGAGCGUGGGGGAUGAUCGUUUGGUCGAGCGUCCGUCGCCGCGGAGGUCUGCGCGUGACGAUUCCCCACGCGCGGCGACUUCCCGACGGGAGCGCGAGGUCACGGCACAACUCGUUUACGAACAACGGCCCGACUCCUCGCUGCUCUCCGCUCGGUCACAACGCGACAUCGGCUGCCGCCCUCAUUCCGUAGAGCUGCUGCUGCCACUGUUGCUAUUAACCGCGGGGCUUACCCGUGGCUGGCAGCACAUUUUUGAAAAAAAGAAAAACUUAUUUUUUUGCCCAAAUCGUUUUUUGCACUGCAGAGGAGCGGCAUUUCGGUCCGGAGUGGCAGAGUCUGGAGCGAUCAUUCCCUCACGUGUUGACGGAAAGGAGGUUGCGGGACGACUCGCGACGAGGUGACCAUUCCGGCUCGUGGGACUUUGCGUUCCAUCUCACGGUUACCGUUUUGUUUACAGCGCGCGAUACCGGUCGAGUGGCGCGCUUGCCGUUGCCCGCACGCGCCGCGUUGGAGCGCGGCUCCUUGCGCCGCAGCGGCGAUCGACUUGAAAGUGCCUCGACUUUGUAGAGUAACGCGCGCACUUGCAGCAGCCCGCCGUGGGGGAGAGAGGCCCUGGGAAAGCGAGUGGGCCCCAGGGGAGCGAGUGGGACCUGGGGAAGGUGAGAGAGCCCCAAUGUGGGUGGGCGAGGGUUUGACCCAGCACGGGUGAGGGAGACUCUUGGUGAGCAAUGGAGACCUUGGCUGGUUGAGAGGGACUUGAUUUUUUAAAAUAAAGUUGCACUCCACCCAUGAAAAACAUUCAGCUGCUGCCAUUUGUCCAAGUGUAGUGUUGAUCUAAUUUAAAGUAAGACCCAGAUGGGCUUAACAAUGUAAUAUGUAAUUUGUUGCAUAACAAUGUAUCCAAAUAUUUAAAAUAAUACUAUAAAACUUGACUUUUUAACUAUUACUGGCUUAACUGACAGAGCCACUCAAAAAGCACAUCUGCUCUCGGCUCCCUCCCAAGUCCUCACCGUUUUUUUUAACCGAAUAUGGUCCCUGUGAUGAUUUCCCCUCGUGGGAACAAAUUCAUGACCGUUAUGUCAAAGCCACGAUGAACGGGGCAGUGCGAAGCGCUCAUCACUGGAAUAACAUUGACUCGCGGUGGUGCUGAGUAAUUGAGUUACAUCUCGGCAACUAAAAUAGAGUUUGUUGAUUGGUCUAUCGAGCACGCAACCUCGGGUUGUCGUGUGACCUUUGCCUAUCUUCUAAUUGGACGUUUCCAUCCAAAUUUGUGUUAGAUUUGGUGACAGUUGCCCUAAAUUUUGCCCGGUUUAUCGUGGCAUCUGGAUUCAUUGCGGCGUUCAGGUUUUAGUGGAAGAGGGACCGAGUUUUACAGGGAGCGUGCGAGCGGUGCGUGGGUUGUGAGAGGGCUGCACAGCUGGGCCUGGUCUAACCGACAGCUGGUGAGUGUGGGGGCCGAAUCCGCUGUGCGAUAUUAAUUUAACGCUUUUUAAAAUUCCAUUUUGUUUCCGCUUUGGGCCAAACCCGUGACUCCCUCUCGGGGGUUCAAGAGGCGGACCCCCCGAGCGAGUGUCGCUCCGUCCGGGGCAGCGACGAUCAACCGCGUGGGUGGCAUUGCUGAAACAGCGUGAAAGUCGAAGUGUGGGGUUUUAUUUUUAGUUGCGAUAAUUCAUAAUGUAAUUGCGUACAAAAAGUUCAAAGCAAACCGAUGGCUCAGUAUUUAGAUGCGAGCGGGGUGCGGAGGUCGCCUCCCUCUCGCAUGCUGCGCGUGUGGGGGUCGCGAUAGCCGCCGCCUCAUGACUCGACUGCCGUGAGGUUCAACGAUCGUAGCGAUUCAGCCUCUCGAUGACAUCCAGCACAGCGCCAUUUGAUUCAAUGGAGAAUCCCAGGCUCAGCUUCAUCAUCCUGGACAAAAGAUGUUGAUGAUGCCGGGGCUGAGCCGGGUCGGUACUUGAACGGGGAGACUGCUUUGGGAAAAAUCGGUGCCGUAUGCUUCACGGUCAACAUUAAAAGUCCAAUGACGUCUAUCGCGUGAGUGGGCCAUUGUGUGCUGCCAUCACGGUCCAACUGGAUGAUGCAUUACAAAGCAAUCAACACUUUCCGACAAAAUUUGGCAGGACUCUCCGAGAAAGAGUCAUGAGACUCGGAGAGGCUCUUCUGGAUAACCAGGUGUCAAUAUUUAAAUAAAAUAAAAAGGCAACGUUUGUACAGGGUUUGCAUCACUCUCAAACGGUCAUGGAUUCUCACGGACGGACGAUGCAACUGAUGGUCACCGAGACCGACGGGAUCUCUUCCGCUGAAUCACCACGCGUGUGCGCGUGUCUGGCGGUGCGUGCGGCGAGUCGUUUCUACUUGGAAUGUUACUACGCGAGAAUGUAGUGGCCUCGAGUGGCCAUAGUGCAGUGGUCACACCAACCCAUUACCAACAUAUGCAAGUGGGGGAAAGCAUCGACGCGUCGUUAGCACCCAGGACGCAAUUCCUCUGUAUAUUCCUGAGCGACUGAGGGUAGGUGGCACAUAACUGAGUAUUCACAGCCAGAGGUAUCCUGGAUGCGGAUGCGGUGAGGCAAAUGUGUGUCCGGUCAUCGACCGGGAGCUGGCUAGAUGCAGUGCUUCUCGCGGCGACAAAGCGAGCGAGUCGGAGUGUAGCGUAAUGAUACUCUUCCCCAACCGAGCAGCAAUAGCUCCACCAUCGCAUCGCCCACCCUCACCGUAGCCGCUCGGAAUAACAAUGCGUAGUCGACCACGUGACGACAAGAGAUGGUUUAAAAUAAAACGUCUUCACUUC